AUGAAGUACUUCACUGCUGCAUUGACUGCAGCCACAGCUGUUUCUGCGCUAUCAGUUGUCUCCCGCCCCAAUAUAGCACACCAAAAUGUACUGGCACCGGCGGACGCAGAGCAAUAUUUGAUUGAACUUGGAGAGGGUGAUACCAGGUGGAUUACUGAGGAACAAAAAUGGGAACUGAAAAGAGAAGGCAUCAAUUUCAUGGACAUUACAGAGUAUGGAGUGCAAGAACACAUACCGAGACUCUUCGCAGUGACAAAGUAUCCCUCCAAGAUCCGAUACAAUGAGACUGUCAAGGACAUGGCCAAAGACUUGCAGAAGAAGAACAUGCGGAAACACCUCGAGACCUUCACUUCCUUCCAUACCAGAUACUACAAGUCCGACUACGGCAAACAAUCAGCUGCUUGGCUCUAUGGUCAAGUAAACAGCACUGUUCAGGCGGCUGGGGCAUAUAAGCACGGCGCAACAGUUGAGAUGUUUCCCCAUCCCUGGGGGCAGCCCAGCAUAAUCGCCAGAAUCCCAGGCAAGAGCAAUAAGACAGUUGUCAUUGGCGCCCACCAAGACAGCAUCAAUCUCUUCCUUCCCUCGUUCUUGGCUGCUCCUGGCGCAGACGACGAUGGCAGUGGUACAGUCACUAUCCUCGAAGCCUUACGAGUCCUGCUCACUUCGGAACACAUCGUCAAUGGCAGCGCUCCAAACACUAUCGAGUUUCAGUGGUACUCAGCUGAAGAAGGAGGUUUACUCGGCUCACAAGCUAUCUUCUCAUCCUACCACAAGGAAGGUAAAGACGUCAAAGCCAUGCUCCAGCAGGACAUGACCGGCUAUAUUCAUCAGACCCUCGAGGCGGGGGAACCAGAAAGCGUUGGCGUCAUUACCGACUACGUUGAUCCUGGUCUCACAGAGUUCAUCAAGAAAGCUGUGACUGAGUACUGCGACAUUCCAUACAUCGAGACCAAAUGUGGUUAUGCUUGCUCCGAUCAUGCCUCUGCCAGCAAGUACGGCUAUCCUUCCGCUUUCGUCAUCGAAUCCGACUUUAAAUACAGCGACAAAAAGAUUCAUACAACUGAGGAUAAGAUUGAGUACCUGUCCUUUGAUCACAUGCUGCAGCAUGCAAAGAUGACUCUAGGUUUUGCCUACGAGUUGGCCAUGGCUGAGUUUUAG